AUGAGCUAAUAAUAACUAUAACCUAUUAACCAUCACUAAUAACCUGUAUCAAUAUCACCUGAUUAUGCAUUCACAUCACCACCUUAAACUAAAUGUGUCUAUCAUCCUUAAUUUAUCACCCAUUUCUGUAAAAAAACAUCUUGUUUACUACCUCUUUGUUAAAUGUGUUUAUAAACUCAUCCUACUCAACAUGCCAAAUCUAGUAUCAUAUAAUUAUAUAUUCUUAUCUAGUUGAAACUAUUCAAAGUACUCUUACUCAAGUUUAUCGUGGUUAUGCAAAAAGAGCAAAUGAAAUUGCUAUUCAUUAAAGACAAGAUAUUCUAUAAUUACGUCAAGAUCUUCAUUCAUUUAUUGAUUCUAUUUUCUAAGAUCUUCUUAAAAAAGCUGAUUAAAAUUAUUAAUAAGAUCUAAUAGUUGAAUGGAGAAAUCUUAUUUCCAAAUUAGAAAAACUUAAAGAUUCUUAAACAUGCAUGAAAGAAGCUAUCCUCUAUUUUGUUGAACCUGAUCAAGGAUAUCAUGAACCAUUAUUAACCUAUUAAAAUAAUCCAAUAAAAAUAGAUUAAUUCUAAUUAUAAUAAGCUAAGUUUCAUUUGAAUAGAUUAUUUACUAUAAAUUUUAAUAAUGCAGAACCAAAUAAUUAUACAGAGAAUGAAUGGUAAGAGAAUGCUAUAAGAAGAGUGUCUAGCAUAGUUGAUGAAUCAGAAGUAUAUUAAAUAUAUAAUUAUACUGAUAAUGGUAAUAAUGUUGAUAAUAAUAAUAAACAUGAUCAAAGUCCAAUUAGAUUAGUUACACCGAUAGAUUAAUAAUAUUCAAUAUAAAGUCCAAUAGGUUAAUAGUAUAUUCAACCCGUUGUUAGAACUCCAUACACAGUACCAUCUAUUUAUACAGUUUCGACUGUUAGACCGUUCAAAUAAGUAAUGAGAGUUCCUCUAUCAAAUAGAGUCGAGAAUUUACCUAAGCUUUUCCAUAUGUAUAAUGAGG